AGCACCGGGGACAGAUACUCAAUUCUUAUGAUUUCUAUGUUAAUGCUUUCAAUAUUCUGGCUUGUUUGUAGGAUCGAUCCAAGGCCGUCCGAUACUACUGUACUGUGUAUGGGCGAUAGGCAUCGGUCCAGUCGGGGGUGGACCGAUUCACAUGCUGACGUGUUAUAUUACCGAGGGGGCAGUCAGAGCGUACAGGAUAGGAUAGGCGCAGACCCUCGCAUUACUGAUUGGAUACAUGAUGCGGGUUUUUAUGGGAUAUAUCAGAUUGGCCAUAUCCAGUUGGAUUGGCAUCUUGUGACCGCGUUGGUCGAGCGAUGGAGGCCAGACACACACACUUUCCACUUGCCACACGGGGAGGCGACUAUCACAUUACAGGAUGUCGCGGUGUUGUUCGGGCUACCGAUUGAUGGGUUGCCCGUCACUGGUCGUACAGCUGGACCAGUAAAGGAUGGAGGAGUCGGUUAAGGGGGAGGACUUCACCGCAUGUGCGAGAGAUUGUUAGAAGUGGUGCCCCCAAAUGGUGAGCUUGUUGGUGCCCGCAUUCGCAUACGGUUUCUAGAGGGGGAGAUGUUUCACCAGCUUCCGGCUGAUGCUGAUAAUCAGACUAUAGCGUGUCACGCACGUGCCCACAUGCUGCGAUUGAUAUGUGGGAUGCUGUUCUGCGACCUAUCGGGGAGUUACGCACAUUUGAUGUUCCUUUCACUGCUCGCGGAGCGAGGAGAGAUACCCCAUUAUAGUUGGGGUGCUGCGACGUUAGCCUGGCUGCACCGGGAGAUGUGCCGCGCCGCUGACGUGUCGCACUCAUAGAUCGGAGGAGCACUCCGCUUAUUGCAGGUUUGGGCAUGGAAGAGAUUCACGUCGUUAGCUCCUACGCGCCGCGGUGUCCAACGUCUUAUUUAGAGGGAUGAGGACGGACGACCGAUUGACCCAACUCCACUCGCGUGGAGUGGAGGGAUCAGUUGUUGGCACCUAAUGUUGCGCAACACACGUUGCCCUGGUACAGAUUUGAGCUGGACAUGCACCGGGAGCACGAGUUCAUAUGGGCGCCCUACACUGAUGACAUUGUUGCCGACCUACCACCUGGUUAUGCAGUUGGGUCGGACCUCUGGGUUGCCCGAGUGCCACUCAUAUGUUUUCAUAUUGUCGAGUGGCAUCUCCCAGACCGAGUGAUGCGCCAGUUUGGCUUUCGACAGGGCAUUCCCGGUCGCUUCUAUACUUCGGGGGUCGAUGUACGUGGGGAGGACUUGCACGAGAUUGAUGGUCGCGGUCCGGGGAACACAGAUUGGGCUGCGGAACAUGCCAUGUACGUGAGUAUGUGGGUACAUAGGCGCGACUACAUUGUUGAGGGAGUGCGGGCAGAUGGCCCGAUGCGUCCGAAGGAUCCGUAUUACGCGUGGUACAGGUCAAUCACACGUCGCUUCGUAGAUAGGACUGCGACGGUCUACAUGAGCCUCGCUGACGUAUUACACCAGGUCGACUCGCUAUCAUCAGACCCCGCUGUGAGCGAUUUAGCGAGAGUUGUUUUGGACAUUGUCUACAAGAACGGGCGACGGAUCCUUACCCCACGCCGGACCCCGGCCCCACGAGGUGGUCGAGCAGCUCUAGUACGAGGGGGUCGAGCAGCUACCUCCAGCCGUCCAUCGAGUCCGGCCUUCUCACCGCCCAUUGUACAUGAGGAGUGUGUGUUUGGGCCGUCCGCUGCUGAUUUUACGGGACCCUCUAGUAGAUCGGCGGAUUAUCGAUCUGACUCUGCCGUGACGCCGUCGAUGUCGUACUUACUAGACGACCCUCUCGAUGCGGAGGAGGUGGAUGCACCCGGCUUUCCAGCUCGGACUCGUCCAGAGACUACAUACGACAUAGCUCUCCGUCCGCUUCACCUAGAAAGGGAUUAUCCAGUACGUAUCAGACAUGUAGCCCCUCGACGUGACCAGACGCCAGAUGUGGAGGAGCAGCCAGGUGAGGGCAUACGCAGACGGCAGCCACCCCGACACCGGAGACGACCUCCAUGCGGUACCGAGUAGCCGAUAUAUGUGUUUGUUAAUUAGUUCAUACUUUCAUUUGUACAUCAGAUAUAUGUUUACAGCUUCAUUUGUACAUAAUGAAUUUAUUCAUUAUUCAUUUGGGCAUAAUGUAUUUAUUAAUGACUUCAUUUGUACAGCAUCUAUUUGUAUAGAAUAUAUCAUUUU